AUGUCAUACGGGGCCUACCCUCCCUACGGCCAACCACCACCCCAAGGUCAAUGGGGAGCUCCUCCGCCGCCUCAACAAGGUGGCUACGGCUAUAACCAGGCACCGCCACCUUCACACUCGCCAUAUCCUCCUCAGGGCCACUCUCCCUAUCCACCUUACGGCCAGCCCCCACCUCAUCAGGGCUACGGCCCACCACCGCCUGGUCCUCCACCAUCUGAGCUCUACGGCUCGCCGGCUCCUCCAGGCGGCGCACACGCUUACUACCACCAGCAGCCCCCGCCUGGUCCACCGCCUGGACAGUACGGCGCUCCGCCCCCACCUCAUGGCGGCCAGUACGGAGGCGGCCAGUACGGGGCUCCAAGCCAGUAUGGGGCACCGCCGCCGGCUAGUUUCCCCACGCCCGUGUCGCCCGGCUACGGUCCACCGCAGGGCAUCCAGUGGGACGCGAAUCCCACCGCCAACGCCAUAAGGAAGGCCAUGAAGGGAUUUGGCACUGACGAGAAGACCCUAAUCCGCGAGCUCGCCGACAAGGAUCCCUUCCAGGUCCACGCCAUCAACGAUGCCUACCAGCGCAAUCACCGGCGCAACCUCGUGGCAGAUCUCAAGGACGAGACCUCCGGGUGGUUCGAGUACGGCCUCGUGCAGCUCGCCCGCGGGCCCCUCCUGGCUGACGUACACCUUUUGUUUGACGCCAUGGAAGGCCCGGGCACCAAGGAACGUGCCCUGAACGACGUGCUGCUGGGCCGAAGCAAUGCCGACAUCAACGCCAUCAAGAACGCCUACCGCCAGGUCUUCCACCGGGACCUGCUCGCCGCUGUCAAAGACGACCUCUCACUCAAGACCGAGCGCCACUUCGAGAUCGUCCUCAGCGCCCAGCGCGCAGAGGACUCGGCCCCCGUCAACAAGCCCGACGUCGACCGCGACGUCGACGCCAUCUACAGCGCCACCGAGGGCAAGCUGGGCACGGACGAGAUGCGCGUGUGCUCCAUCCUGUCGACGCGCAACGACAACCAGAUCCGCGCCAUCGCGCACGAGUACAAGCUCAAGUACGCCCGCGACCUGGAGACGGUCAUCAAGAAGGAGUUCCGCGGCCACAUGGAGGAGGCCCUGCUGUUCCAGCUGCGCCGCGGCAUGGACAAGUACAUGCACCAGGCCAUCCUGCUCGAGGACGCCAUGGCCGGCGCCGGCACCAAGGACUACCUGCUCGUCUCGCGCGUGGUGCGCUCGCACUGGGACCGCGCCAACAUGGCCAACGUCAAGGGCGCGUACGAGAAGAGGUACGGCAAGAGCCUGGCGAGGCGCAUCAAGGGCGAGACGAGCGGCGACUACGAGCGGUUGAUGAUUGCAUGCAUCGGAGAACGAUAA